AUGGCUGUAUGUCGAUCAGGAUCUGCAGCCGAUACUCAGGCAAUCGCUGAUAUAGUCAAAUAUCACAUCGAAGUGUAUAGUAUGAUGGAGAACGAACCUGUAACUAUCUAUCGUGGAGCACAAAUUUUUCGCAAGUUCCUAUACAACUAUCGCGAUCAGCUCUCUGCUUCGGUUUUGAUUGCGGGCUAUGAUGAUGUGGAAGGGGGUCAGCUAUACGCUAUCCCCUUGGGUGGCUUUGUGACACGACAGAAAUCAACGGCAUCUGGUUCGGGAUCUACUUUUGUGCAGGGUUUUCUCGAUAACGCAUGGAAGCCGAACUUGACGAAGGAAGAAUGCAAAGCCAUAGUUAAGCAAGCCGUGGGAUUGGCUGUGUUCCGUGAUGGGUGA